AUGAUGGGAUCUUGCAUGAGUAUCAUCGACCAGCUAAGAGGGAGCACGAACACACCUCUUAUGAGCCUGCUGCUGCAUGGUGAGCGUGGUUGCGGCAAAACCGCUCUCUCUGCUCACCUAGCACAGAAAUCAGACUACCCCUUCGUGCGCCGCAUAACCAGCGAAAACUUCGUAGGUUAUUCCGAGCAAGCAAAGAUCUCAGCCAUUGCCAAAGUCUUUGAAGAUGCCUACAAGAGCGAUUUGUCUUGCAUAGUCCUGGACGACAUCGAGCGUUUGAUCGAUUACGUCCGCAUCGGACCAAGGUUCUCAACACCAGUCAUGCAGGCUCUGUUUGCUUUGCUUAAAAAACCGCCACCAAAGGAGAAUUCUAGGCUGCUCGUCUUGGGGACGACAGCAGAUGCACAUUUCUUGGAGGAAGCUGAGCUGUUCCAGGCAUUCAACGUGGCUUUGCAGAUCCCAGUCCUAUCGCAGCCGCUUCAUUACAAGACGGUGCUGGAGGCCCUUCCGGGCUUUACGGCACCGUCGAUUCAAGAAAUUUGUGCCGGCAUUGCUGGCAAGAGUAUUGGCAUCAAGACGCUGAUACUCGUGGCAGAGAUGGCAGUCCAGAGGGAGAACCCUGUGCAGAUGGCAGUUUUCCUCGAAUGCUUGAAGCAGUGCGGCAUAGCAACAUAG